CGGGACUAGGACAGAAACUCUGCUGUGAUACAAGAAUGGGGAGAAUAUCGAAACACGUGAUCUCAAAGCUUUUUCAGUUCUCAAUAGGAGUUCUGGUCGGGCAUCUUGUGAUGAGCUUCCUAAUCCCUUUAUCUCAAGUUAGAACACAUAGGGUCAGAUUAAAGUCGAACCAAGAGUUAAACUUAGGACCCCGGAUCCCUAUAUUUGCCGGAGUCAUGACCGCGGGAAAAUAUUUAAAUUCAAGAGGAUGCAGCUCUUGGAGAUCCUGGGGCGCUGAUUUAGUUAAACGUGGUGGAGAAGUUCGUUACUUUGUUGGAACCUCUGACUCUGGUCUGCCUCCGAACGCAUGCAACUUACCUGUUGUAGUUCUACAGGGUAUCAGAGAUGAGGACUAUCCUCCACAGAGGAAAUCCUUUGCCAUGUUUCGCUGGAUCGAGCAGCACUAUGGGAACAGAUCUUCUUGGUUCCUAAGAACUGAUGACGACGUAUAUCUAAAUGUAGAGAGAAUGCUGGAUUUUCUUGGCGGAUUAGACGGUCGAGAUCCUCAUUUUAUUGGUCAGGCGGGUCGGGGACUUGCUAAAGAAGAAGGUAAACUCUCUCUACAGUGGAACCAGAACUUCUGUAUGGGUGGAACUGGAAUGGUUCUGAGUCAAACCAUUCUUCGCAUGUUUGUCCCGAAGAUUGACACUUGUCUGACCAACCUGAUGACCGGGCACGAGGAUGUGGAAGUUGGAAGAUGCAUCACGAUGGCAACGGGGAGAACCUGCACUUGGGCCUACGAGAUGCAGACCCUGUUCUACCACAGCUCUGGUGGGAAGGAUGAUAGAGGUGUUGAGAUCCUUCCUGAUACCCUCAAUCUUAAUAUCAUCAAUAACGCAAUUACAAUCCAUCCUAUUAAAAGUCCAAAGAACAUGGAAUUAUUAUCUGUAAAAUAUAAGACGAUGAAACGAUUACACAUCAUGACGGAAAUCAAGAAACUUGAGUUUGACCUUCAUCUGAUCAACGAAGACCCUGUCGACGAAUUUGACGAUCUCUCUGAUCUACCGAGGAUGAACCAAACCUGGGAUUUUAUUUACAGUCACCAGAUUUAUAAAGCGGAAGCGGGACACGAGAAGGGAAAAAUUCCAGCCCGUCUUAAUCAAUCAAUCACUAGAAUAAUAUCUAAGGUUGUAGAUAAGAUAAACGCAGAUGCCCGAGAAAAGGGUCGUUCUAUAGAAUUCCGAGAUUUAUACUAUGCGUAUGUAAACCAUGAUCCAAAAUAUGGUAAUUCCUAUAUCCUUGACAUCCUUCUCGUUUAUAAAAAGUUCCAAGGGAAAAAAAUGACAGUGAAAGUGAGACGACACGUGUUUGUCCGCGAAAUACUUCUAGAACCCCAUUUUAAACCUCAGAUUGGGUCGGAUACGUCGCCAGUGCCCGCCGUGGUGCCCGGCGAUACGCCAAACUACUACGAAGACGAUCGGCGGUCUAUAACACUCCUUGUAACGGUGGCUGGAGAGAGCAAGGUACCGGUUCUGAAACGUUUUCUCGCCGAAUACGAGAAAGAAGUCUUGCUAAAGAUGAACCCUGUCAAGCUUGUUGUCGUCGCUUUCAAGGAGACCAGUCAGGACCUUGCUGUGGUCAACCUUCUCCGGGCCCAGGUUCAAUACCUGGAGAAGGAAUUUCCUGGGUUUGUCAUCACCGUGGUGGAGUUAAACCAAUCCUUCUCCCGGGGAGUCGGACUAACCAAGGGUUUAGAGGUCUGUGAGGAGUCAGACCUAGUAUUUAUUGUAGAUGUAGACAUCAGCUUCACUUCAUCUACAUUAGACAAUGUACGACGGUUUACGGUUGAAGGAAAAUCGGUUUAUUUUCCGAUAGUUUUCAGUGAAUUCCGAGACGGCGGGGGAUAUUGGCGAGACUACGGAUACGGAAUAAUGUCUGGAUAUAAGAAGGAUAUUGUUUCCGUUGGAGGAUAUAACCUUGAUUUUAAAGGAUGGGGGAAGGAGGAUGUUGAUCUUUAUGAUAAAUUUCUUAAAAGCAGUAUUAAAGCGUUUAGAAGUACAGAUUCAUACCUCGUUCAUAAAUAUCACAAGGUCACGUGUAGUCCUAGUCUUCCUAAUGAUCAGGCGACGAUGUGCGCUGGAAGCCGUGCAAAUACAUUCCUUCCUCUGGAAACCCUGUUCCAUCUUGUAGUUAAUUCAUCUGUUAUUAUUCCUUGACGUUGGGAAGAACAUUAACCCUUUAGAUAUUGACAAUCCUUUAGCUAUACUAUAUAUAUAUAUACAUUAUACAAUAUAUAUCUAUUUAAAUGAAACUAAAGCAUAAUAUGCUUUGAGUUCAGCGUUACAUCUGUUAAUAAAUACAUAUGUUUAUUAUGCGACACACUACACUGUGUGUCACAUCUAUUUUUUUACCAAAAAUAUUUAUUUUUCUGCUUUAAAUCAUAUACCCAAGAAUACGCCGCUGCAAUAAGACAAUGACCUAGUCCAGUAAGCCAUUGUAUAAACUUUUUUCAGUUCUAAUGUUUUUUUUUAAUAAACUUAAAUGCAAAUUUCAUUUCUCGGACCAAGAUGUAACUUCUUUACGAUUAUGGCGAAGCAUAAAUUUACAGCAGGUCUAGUCCUAGUGUUUCAAAUAAAAUUAAGAAUUAUUAGAAAAAAUUCUAGUUUAUCAAAGCC